AUUGUACAGAGUAUUUAAGCUCAUUUGUAAUACAAGGGUGAGGACGAAAUACUGGUAAAGUCGAGGUGUGCAGUUUGGCCUAAAGUAAUCGAUAAUGUAGAACACAGACUGUAAAAGUCGAGGUGUGCAGUUUGGCCUGAAGUAAUCGAUAAUGUAGAACACAGAAUGGUAAAGUCGAGGUGUGCAGUUUGGCCUGAAGUAAUCGAUAAUGUAGAACACAGAAUGGUAAAGUCGAGGUAUGCAGUUUGGCCUGAAGUAAUCGAUAAUAUAGAACACAGACUGAAGACAGAAGUGCGGGGUCUUCACCGUGGCUGUUCAAGGGUCAUUAUCAAAAUGGGUAACAUUUUGGAUCCAGGUUCUAAAGUUUAAAUUUAGUUUCUUUUGUUUAACGACACAAUUACAUCACAUAUCAAGGGACAGGGUAGCAUAUACCGCAUACUUUGAUAUACCAGUCGUGGGACGCUGGCUGGGGUGGGGAAAGAAACAAGGGCAAAAUCUAAUCCAUCUGUGUCAUUUCAGUUGAUAGUCACAGUGUCGUAAAAGGAGAUCUCGGAAUGACGUCACAACAAAAGAAAGGAAAGUCGCCACGAAGAGGAAGACAUUAUUUAGGAAUAAACGAUGAUUGGCAGACUCGAAAAUCUCUAGCAGAAACCAACCUGUACAUGCUAGACAACAAGAUUGCCUGUGACGUCACGUUCCGCGUUGGCUCAACAAGGGAAAUAAUUCAAGCUCACAAAUUCAUGCUGAUCAGCCGCAGUCACGUGUUUGCCGCCAUGUUUAUUGGUCCAAUGGCUGAAAUGGGCGAGGUGGAUAUCCCGGAUGUCGACGCCACCAUUUUCAAUCUGUUUCUCAGGUUUGUGUACACGGAUGACGUCACAGUUGACUCGGAUACCGUCAUGCAUCUGCUGUACCUGGCUAAAAAGUACAGCACAGGAAAGCUGGAAGAUGUUUGCCUUGCGUUUUUAGAAACAUCAUUAACAGCUGAGAACGUUUGCACUAUUCUGGAACAAGCCAAUUUCUUCAACGAGGAUGAGCUACAUGACAAGUCUAUGACGUAUAUCUUAGAAAACGGAAAGUCGACUUUGGAGUCACGUGAUUUUGUGAAGUUAUCACAGACGUCUGUACUGGAUGUUGUGAAGUCUGAUGACCUCCAAGCAGACGAGAAAGAAGUAUUCCAGGCUGCCUUUGAGUGGGCCAAGCACCAGUGUGAGCAGAAACACGUGGCCAUCAAUACGGAAACUUUGCGAACACAACUUGGAGACAUCGUCCAGCAGAUCCGCUUCCCUCUUCUGGACAAAGAGUUCUUUGUUCAGACGGUUCACCCGAGCGGCAUGCUGACGGACAAAGAACAAUUGGUGUUUCACAACCAUGCUGCAUGUAACACUCUUCCUGUAGCGCCAUUUUCUGACAAACCAAGGAACAUAAAAAACAAAGUCAGUGCUUCAUUUUUGUGUGAGUCCUGUGGAAAUACGAGUACUAAUCAUAACAAUUCAUGGAUGUGUAUCCACUGCAACGUAUGUAGAUACUGUUACAAUAGUGCGGUGCAACAGGAUUAUAGAGCAUAUCAACAGUAUGGUCAGAGAUACGCUAUGAGCGAUAUGUAUGGUGUUUGUCAAGUUGACUCCAUUCAGUCUAACAUCAAUGCCGGCAGCUGUCCGCACUGUGGCCAUUGUUAAGUAUGUUUUCAACCUGAAUGUUCUCAUCAUAUGUACUAUCUGUAAAUUUUUAAGGCUCUUGCGGUUUGGACUGAAUGUUUUACACAUAAUGUAUUGCGCUGUACUCUUAAAUGUAUAAACCUUUUUAAAAAACAACAACAAACAAACAAACAAACAAAAAACAACAACAACAUAGGAACCCAUAAUUGUAUUAAUACGUUUAAGACAGUUGGGGAACUGUUGGUUUCAGUGAAUUGUAGACUGAAUAAAAAAACCUGUGUAGUGUGUAGUGUUGGCGUAUUACUCUUUACUGUAUAGACUUGUUGUACGAUACCAGAGCAACUGUUGGUAUCAAUGAACUGUAGACUUAAUAAUAAAAACGCGUGUU